ACAAUAAGCGCGAUCUGUCAAGGAUCUUUCUCUUCCGGCUAUGUUCAUUUGGAAUGUUUUAAAGGACGCCAGAAAAGAAAUUCGCUUAUUCCUUCUUUCCUUCUUCCAUACCUUCACGUUCCCUAAUACUUUCAGCGUUGCUGGUCAGCGUCAGAUACCUCCAGAUACCACGUCAAGACCUUAUAAUUAUCAAACGUCUUUUUACCGGUUGUCAUGCGUGGGGUUAUCUACAAAUGCCAUUAUGAAGGCUGCGUCAAAUUCUUCUCACGCAAAGGAGAUCUUAAUCGACACACUUUAAUCCAUACCCAAGACAGGCCCCAUAUUUGCUCUACCUGUGGUAGAGGAUUUUCUCAGGCGUCUGGCCUCAAGACGCAUCAAAACGUUCAUACGGGAGACAAGCCGCAUUUGUGCACAUACGGUUGCGGGAAAGCCUUUGGCGAUCCUUCCUCUUGCUCCCGUCACGUCAAGGAAAUCCAUGAGACCACGAAUCCCUACCGUUGCCCAGGAUCCAGAUGUCAGACUAGCAUCAAGCGCCGCGGUAUGUUCAUCCAGCACUUGCGGAAGAAGCAUCAGCUGUCACGAGAGGAGGCUGAAGCUCACGCCGAUCUGUUGGAGGGCGCCACUCACCCGGUCCAUCGUGGACGGGGUAGGCGCGGUCGCCGUGCAGGCUCGAUUUCGCCUUCUUCUUCUUCUUCAUCAUCUUCAUCUGCAACGUCUGAAGAAGCCGCGCCUCUUAUCCGACUUCCGGACGCGACGUUGUCGGAAUAUGUGCCCCAGCCCACAGUGCCUUCUUACGGUCCUCCGCAAACCUUUUCAAACUACCUUACUGUCCCUACGUAUGGUAUUUCUAGGCACACUUCGCCUCUUUCCCUUGACCCCGGGAUGGUAUACGGCUUGACUCCUUCACGAUCUUCGUCCCAGACACCUUCACUUUCAUUUUCUCCGUGUCCUUCUCCCUGCACCAUCUACUGACGGGUAUCAGACUCCCCCGAUGCCCAUGCGUUGGACUCAACCAUGGAUGCUGAACUCUCCUAUCCUGUCGCUGUUCCUAUCGAUGAGGCGGAUUAUGGUGCGUAUCAAGUUCUCAAUGCGCAGGACGCCCCUCUCCUCUUCGGCAUGUGGGAUCUAGCACCUA